AUGGCAUCUUCCGAUCCACCUACUAAUCCUGAAUGGACGCAGGACAAGGAGAAGUACUCGGAUAUACUAUGCCGGCUGAAGAAGGAUUUUCCCUCCGAGGACGCUAGCGGUUGUAUCGAUAAGAUCCGCCGUACAGCAACCGCGGAUAUGCUGAUCAUCCUUAGCAGAAAGACGACUGACGGAGCAUCUAAGCUGCGUACGGCCAUCGUCAAUCUCCUUGGAGAUGAGGCUGAGGUGCUCAGUAAGGGGCCACAAGAAGAUCUCGAGAUCAAAGAUCUUGACGAAACCACAUCGAAGGAGGAUGUCAUCGAAGCCCUAAGAGUAGCCACUGGGGAGGAACACGAGAUCCAAGCGGAUGAGGUAAAGUCCCUUAGUAAAGCUUAUGGAGGUAACCAGACUGCCUCAGUGAGACUCACAGCUACGACAGCGAAGAAGAUCCUGAGGAAGCACCGGAAGAUUAAAAUAGGCUGGGUCAGUUGCCGAGUGAAAAGAAUGGAGAGGCCAUUAAAGUGCUUCAAGUGCUGGCACUAUGGCCAUCUCGCCAUCAAAUGCAAGAGUGGGGUCGAUCGGUCCAAGAUCUGCAUCAAAUGCGCUGAGCCGGGCCACAACGUUGCUGCCUGCGAAAAGGAACUCAAUUGUGCCUUGUGCACUGUGAAAGGGAACAUGGCGAACUGGGAUCAUAUUGCUGGCAGCACCAGGUGCCCAGUUUGUCACGAGGCGCUACAGAAGUUAACCAGCAGACGACGAUGA